UAAGCGGAGCCUCUAGCAGAGAGUGAACAGCUUUGUUGCCCUUAUCUCACCAUUUGGUAAGGAGUUCUAGCACCAGUCAAAAAGCCAAAUUUAGUCCCCGGAAAUGUGCUACGGAGGCUAUUUUUCCUAAGCGAAGCUGCUCUUCGUUGGUUCUCUCUUGGGGUGGAAGUGAGAAGGCUCUCAGAGUGAAACGGAUGCUGGAAGGAAGGAAACUGGGCAGGCUGACUCUAAGGCCCGGUCGCUGCUGUAUUGUUCUUCCCACGACGAAAUGAAAGCAAUCUUCUCCCCCUGGCCGACACUCCCUAACCACAAGAGAAGUCUUCAGAAAAGCCCCGCAUCUUGGGGUGUGGAGGGAAAAGCCCCAUCGUCACCAUCCCCGGUCCUGACGCGGGGCACCGACUGCAGGUGGAGAGCUUGGGGAAUGUCCACAGGUGCCGAGCACAACCAACCGGUAACUUUCUGAAAGUCCCCCUCCCCCAAAUCCGGCCAUGACCCGGCACUGACAUGCGACUUCACCAAGGUGGAAGAGUCGUGGGAAUUGUUCUAAGGUUGGUCGACACCCGAGACACUCCGCACGCCUAGGGACCGAUCGCUCAGCCCAGUUGCCCGGCAAGAGCCCCGGAAGCAGGGAGGCGGAAGCGUCGGCCGGGUCCAGCACAUCGGACGGACGAGGAUGAAGCCCGGCGUGUGGCUGCUCGUCGUUGCUGUGCUGGGGGCGGAGCUGCCGGGACGCGUCCGCGCGACGGGGAAGGCGCCCAGGUUCCGCGGCCGCGUGCAGCAGGAGCGCAAAAACAUCCGCCCCAACAUCAUCCUGGUCCUCACGGACGAUCAGGAUGUGGAGCUCGGGUCUCUGCAGGUGAUGAACAAGACCAGGGAACUGAUGGAGCGGGGAGGCGCCUCCUUCGUCAACGCCUUCGUCACCACGCCCAUGUGCUGCCCGUCGCGCUCGUCCAUGCUCACGGGCAAGUACGUCCACAAUCACAACGUGUACACCAACAACGAAAACUGCUCCUCGCCCUCCUGGCAGGCGACGCACGAACCCCGUACCUUCGCCGUCUACCUCAACGACACCGGCUACCGCACGGCCUUCUUCGGCAAAUACCUGAACGAGUACAACGGCAGCUACGUCCCCCCCGGCUGGCGGGAGUGGCUGGGCUUGGUCAAGAACUCCCGCUUCUAUAAUUACACCAUCUGUCGCAACGGCAUCAAGGAGAAGCACGGAUUCGACUACGCCAAGGACUACUUCACAGACUUAAUCACUAACGAGAGCAUUAGUUACUUCAAAAUGUCUAAGAGAAUGUAUCCCCAUAGGCCGGUGAUGAUGGUCGUCAGCCACGCGGCCCCCCACGGCCCCGAGGACUCGGCCCCACAGUUCUCAGACCGGUUCCCCAACGCCUCCCAGCAUGUAACGCCCAGCUACAACUAUGCCCCCAACAUGGACAAGCACUGGAUCCUGCAGUACACGGGGCCCAUGCUGCCCAUCCACAUGGAGUUCACCAACAUGCUGCAGCGUAAGCGGCUCCAGACGCUCCUGUCGGUGGACGACUCCAUGGAAAGGCUCUUUGCCAUGCUGCUGGAGACUGGUGAGCUGGACAACACCUAUGUCAUUUACACCGCCGACCACGGUUACCACAUCGGCCAGUUCGGGCUGGUCAAGGGCAAGUCCAUGCCCUACGACUUCGACAUCCGCGUCCCGUUCUUCAUCCGCGGUCCCAGCGUGGAGCCGGGAUCCAUAGUGCCGCAGCUCGUGCUCAACAUCGACCUGGCCCCCACCAUCAUGGACAUCGCCGGGCUGGACGUACCCCCGGACGUGGAUGGCAAGUCAGUCCUCAAACUGCUGGACCCGGAGAAAGCAGGUAACAGGUUCCGGCCGAAUAAGAAGACCAAGAUCUGGCGGGACACGUUCCUGGUAGAAAGAGGCAAAUUUCUGCGCAAGAAGGAGGAAGCCCCCACGACGGCCCAGCAGUCGAACCACCUGCCCAAGUCAGAGCGGGUGCGGGAGCUGUGCCGCCGUGCCCGGUACCAGACCGCCUGCCAGCAGCCCGGCCAGAAAUGGCAGUGCCUGGAAGACGCAGCAGGGAAACUGCGCAUCCACAAGUGCAAGGGACCCGGCGCCACCCUCGCCGCCCGCAAGAAGGCCCGCAGCGCCCACGCCCGCAGCUUCCCCGGCCAGGACGGAGACUGCCGCUGCGCGGAUGCCCACCCCCAGCCUGCCCGAGGCCCAAGGAGGAGCCCCCACCUCCGGCCGCUCGGGAGGAGCCCCGGGACCCAGAAAUACCAGCCGAGGUUUGUCCACACGCGGCAGACCCGCUCCCUGGCCGUGGCGUUCGAGGGCCAGAUCUACGACAUCAGCCUGGAGGAGGAGGAGCUACGCCGGGCGCCUUCCAGGAGUCUCGCCAAGCGGCACGACCAGAGCCCCCAGGCACCGGGCGGCCCCAAUGCCCUCGGCCAGCUGGAUCCCCUCCGGGUGACUCACAAGUGCUUCAUUCUACUGAAUGACACGAUCCACUGCGAGAGGGAGCUCUACCAGUCCCCCAGGGCGUGGAAGGACCACAAAACUUACAUCGACAAGGAGAUUGAAGUACUUCAAGAUAAAAUUAAGAAUUUACGAGAAGUGAGAGGCCACUUGAAGAGGAGGAAGCCAGAGGAGUGUGACUGCAGUAAGCAGAGCUAUUACCACAAAGAGAAAGGGGUGAAAACCCAGGAGAAGCUCCAGGGCCACCUGCAUCCCUUCAAGGAGGCGGCCCAGGAGGUGGACAGCAAACCGCAGCUCUUCAAGGAGAACCGCCGGCGGAAGAAGGCGAGGAAAGAGAAGCGGCGGCGGCAGAAGAAGGGCGAGGAGUGCAGUCUGCCCGGCCUCACCUGCUUCAGCCAUGACAGCAACCACUGGCAGACGGCGCCAUUCUGGAACCUGGGAUCCUUCUGCGCCUGCACCAGCUCCAACAACAACACCUACUGGUGUCUGCGCACGGUGAACGACACCCACAACUUCCUCUUCUGCGAAUUUGCCACCGGCUUCUUGGAGUACUUCGACAUGAACGUCGACCCCUAUCAGCUCACCAACACGGUCCAUGCGGUGGAGCGGGGUGUGCUAAACCAGCUGCAUGUGCAGCUCACUGAGCUGCGGAGCUGCCAGGGCUACAGGCAAUGCAACCCGCGGCCCAGGAGCCCGGAAGCAGGUCAAGGCGGAGGAAGUUACGACCCGCACAGAGGACAGCUAUGGGACGGCUGGGAAGGUUAAGCCUCCGCGGGUCUCGCCGAGGACGCCGGUGGGCAGAGAUGGGAAGACGGGACAGAGUGUGCGCAGACUGACUCAACCUUAGACUUUGAGGCCCAGGCGGCCGGGCCGGGCCUGGGUCGUGAAGGCCGGUGCCCCGGGGGGGAUUCGUGCUAUCCGACGGUGACCGCCAAUAAGACUUAAACUGCGGGGACGCGGCAUCGGCGGCGGACGCGGCUUCUGCCACGCGGGACCGUUGCCAGAGAGCCGCAGCCGGACAACUCCGGGCCGUCCGGCGGAGGCCCGGCCGUGCCGCUCCGAGCGCGCCCCCGUCGUUGCGUAACGACCCCCCUCCGCCUCACGCUGGACCCGGGCCCGGCCCCCGUGCACUGGAACACCCCUGAACUGAGCAACGCGUUGGGGAUCGGAGGCCGGGAGGCUCUACCGGUGAGGGGUAGGGGGUUCGUCGCCAAGCCGGAGGCCAGGUGUCGUCCUCACCCCUUCCAGGCCCUUGGGGUCUGGAGAUCACCUCCGGCAGCGCCCUGGCAGGGUGGCCGGGCCCCCCGGUCACCGAACGGUGGUGGCGGAACCCACUCGGAUCACCCUGGAGGUGCAGAGAGGAGGACACGAGCCAGAAAGAAGGUCUCCAGCCGCCACCUGCUCCUCCUCCACCUCUCCGGCCCCCAACCCCUAGACCCCCCAACCUCCCUCCCACCCACCGCCCCAUACGGAUUGGGUCAGAGUGCAAAGCUCAUCCAGGCUGCUUUUCAUCCCCGGCUCGCUCAUUAAGGUCACGGUGGCCGCUGCCUGGCCGAGCUUCCCGCAGAUGCAGCUUUGCAGCUCGACACCCACGAACCCCUGCUUUUAAAGCUUGCGACCUUCCUCUAGAGGAGGAAGCUCGCCCGUCUGGCUUAGGAAAUUGGUCUGUCCCGGGGUCCUGAGAAGACGGGACGUUUUGGGAUUCGCUCUCCCCAUUUCCGGGGAGUGCCACCAUCAGUGCUGGCCUUCGGCCUCCGGCUUUAGUUUUGGCCCCGUUGGGGUGACCGAGGAAGCCGGAGUCCGGGAGAGAGAAAAAGGCCCAGAUAGGUCCCGAGGCAUUGGACCGGGCGACGUGGGCUCGGAGUUACCGGCGAGCCACUAGACCUGAGGGCCGGCCCGGCCCCACGACGGGCCUCUCUAUCACUGAGAGAGUGGCGUGCUGUCUCUGACUCGCCAGAGACAGCCGAAGUUGGCUGUCCUCUCGUUGGGCCCAGCGGAAAGAGUAAUAGCCCUUCUGGCUCGGGGAUUGGCCCGCAGGCUCACUUCUGGCCUCUCAGCAGCCACACGGGGACAGAAAAGGGGUUGGCAGAGAGAGCCCACGGCAUAUCCCAGUGGGUAUGGGGACACUGGGGCUCACCGUUUCAAGGGGAACACUCCCAUCCCGCUGUGUCUCCCCUGGCCCUGGCUCCGCUCUCUGGUUUAGCCCAGUGCGGUUUUGACGGCUGAGGCGGUCAGUCCUUUGCGUUAAAGGGUCAAUCGGAGGGAAGGUUGGAAGAUUCUGUUCAUUUUUGGGCGAUGUCACAGAGGAGCGGGACUCGGUCGGACGCUGAGUGACAGGCCGGGCGUAUUUAUGGUCGCGGAAGCUGCCGUGUGUACAUAGGGUUGGGGUCCUUAGGCGACAGAUGGUGAUUUUCCAACCUGUACCUUUUUGUAGAACGACUCCGGCUUCAGGAAAGUGGAGAAGCAGUAUUUCUGAAAAUAAAAGGUGUUUGAAUUUC